AUGGGAGCUCGAAAAUAUCUUUGCUCAUUGUUGAUCUGUUUCAAGCAACCCGCGAGCCUGCGCGCAAAUAGCUUCCGCCACAUUGUUUCUGUUCACAUAGUUCGCCUCGCAGGACACGAUAUUGUUCCUGGAAGAGUGUGUGCGUUUCUGCAAGUGCAUGCGGAUAAGGUGUGUCAUCGGGCUUCGUUGCACCAACGCCGAGUACUACUGUACACAAAGAUCAAAACCAUAUUAUAUGCACGUGUACACGUGCGCCUUUUUGUUCACGUACCUCUGUAA